AUGGAGUCCAAGAUCCCGGAUGUCGAGGAAAACCCCUCACGCUUCUACAACAGCGAGAAGCCUACUGGCAGCGACAGCUAUGCCUCCUCGGAUAGCCAGCCCGAUUGGACGGAGGAGGAAGAGAAGAAGUUGGUCCGCAAAAUCGAUUUGAUCCUGAUGCCGCUUCUCAUUCUCCCGUUCAUUGCUCUCCAAUUGGACCGGGGUAACAUGGGUAAUGCGGUGACCGACAACUUUAUGGAAGAUGUAGGAAUAAAUCAGGCUCAAUACAACGUUGGUCAGCAGCUUCUGUCAGCGGGUAUUGUCGUUUUGGAGAUCCCGUCCAACCUUGUCCUGUAUCGCCUCGGCCCACAGAUCUGGAUAAGCUUCCAGAUCUUCGCAUGGGGCCUCGUGGCUCUGUUUCAGGCCUUCCAGAAAGGCCUCGGGGCUUACCUAGCUACUAGGCUUCUGCUUGGCUUGAUGGAAGCUGGCUUCAUUCCUGCGUCCCUGUACGCUAUCACAACAUGGUACAAGACGAAGGAGAUGAGCGUUCGUUUCGCCAUCUUUUUCUUCGGCAAUUAUGUUGCACAGGCGGCCUCAGGCUUGAUCGCAUACGGCGUUCUUCAUAUGCGUGGAGUAGCUGGCUUGACUGGAUGGCAAUGGCUGUUCAUCAUUGAGGGCUUGUAUACCGUCCUGGCCGGUGCAAUCUACAUGGCAUUCUACCCUAAAAGCCGAGACGAUCCGGUACCCUUUACUCGCAUAACAUACUUCAACGAGAGAGAAAGGCACAUCAUUGCCCAGAGAGUAAUCUUGGACGACCCAAGCAAGGUCACCGGGGCCCGGAAGACUAUUUCGAUGAAGGAGCUGAGAUGGGCUCUGUCUGAUUGGACACUCUACCCUCACUGCCUCCUCACCAUUUGUGCACUGGCCCCAUCAUCCACGUACAGUGGUUAUGGACCCAAGCAGAUCAUCUCUUUUGGGUACGAGAAGCUCCAAAGUAACGCGUUAUACUCGAUCGGUCUUUGGAUCCAGCUAUUCACUUCUCUGGGAUUCAGUUUUUGGGCCGACAAGCUUAAGAAGAGAGGAAUCCCGGUUGGCACUGCGCUUGCACUGUGGUGGGGCUUCAACCUUGGUGCAUUGGUUGUGCGCUACUCGGACAAUCAUGGCAAGCGGCUGGCGAUGAUGAUCAUGGCCUUGGCCUUCUCCAACAUCUGGCAUCCCUUGAACAGCUCGUGGCUUGCCAUCAAUGCUCGAUCUCCAGCGGAUCGAAGCAUCAAAAUGGCAUGCAUCGUCAUGGCGGCCAACUGUGCUGGUAUUGUCGGGAGCCAAAUCUUCCAGCCUUAUGACUCUCCCACGUACACUGUCGGCCGCACAGUCAACGUCAUUCUGAUAUCUGUGGCACUCUUCUUCUGCCUGGUCCAGAACGGGGCGUACCGAGUGCUGAAUCUUCUCAACAAGAAGAAGAUCAAAGCAGGAAAAGCCGAGGAGCAUGAGGUGCGAAAGUAUAUGCUGUGA